AUGCGCGUAGUGUCGGCGCGCAAGGUGGUCCAUAUCUUGCAAGGCCGGGAAGAGUUCGUACCGGAGCUCAGACAAGAGGUAGAGAGGCAUGUGAAGCGAUCCUUUCCCGUCCCCAUCAACGGCGCGACGUCCACCAAGAUAUCCGACUUUGACACUCUGGGAUGCGAUCUCUGGAAUACAGCGACAAACUUGCUUCGCGAGGAAGAGCAGCAGCCUGCUCCAGCAGAGGCGAAUCCCAAAACUGCAGAUGCGCUGUUACCUCUCUUACGGACCUUUGCUUUCCUCCUACUGGACACGGCUCACCAUGCCGUUGCCCGGCGCUCAAAGGACGUGGACCAACAGCUACGGAAUUUCAAGAUUGGUCUGAAAGCGUGCCGAUUCUGCCUCGAAAAGAACGAAUUGCAGUUGGCCUUAAAGCUUCUAGAGCGAUGUGCGGAACAUGUCACCACUGCAGAGGAAGACUCCCCGCUCGUGCGCAUGCAGGACGCGCAAGAGGACGUAGACGAUCGCGAAGCGAAGAUGGCCAUGAUGGUGUCAGAAUACAACCUUCUACGGAUGUCGCAUGCUUGCAAGACGGACCGCCUCGAUUUAGCCGAUCAUUUCUUCGGCAAACUAUCAGUAUCUGCGGCUUCGUCCUCUGCUCUUGCAGAGCUAACGGCACAACUCUGUCUCGACGCCGGCAAGUCGCUGUCCAAGCGAGGUUCGACAGGAGCCGCUGUCACCUGGCUCAGGCGGGCACAGUCUGCUCUUGACAACUGUGAUUUGGAGCAGCUCAGCAUGAACGCUGGCGACCUCCGCCUGGCCAUUGCAUCUCCACUUGCGGCCAAUGACAGUACUCUUCUUGCGAAGCAAGUGGUGCAGGACCUUGACAGCGAGCACGCCCUCGGCAACCGCAUGGCUGUCCAAUUGCUACAUCUGAAAGUGCUACUUGCAGGGCAGCCUCUCGAUCAAGCUGCGGUCACUGUUGUGCUUUCAAGAAUGCUACGAACAACGGUUCUCACCAGGCGGACCUUUAAGAUGCAAGUAUUUGCUCCAUCAACUCCGAGGAUUGUGCAAGCAAUCCAUCGAGUCCGCAAGAUCAGUCCGGCUGUUGCUUCUGAUGCCUUGGAGCAGCUCAUUACUGCGCGGCUCGUUCCCGAUCUCACUGGUGAGACCGAGGAUUCCAGCAAAGAGUGGACGGAGAAGGCUUGCGUUACGCUUGUGCUAGUUGUCACCGGAGAAAACACUUUGCCAGUCGAAGAUGCCGUGGAGAGGUUGCGCAGAGUAUUCACGGUGACCGCAAAUUCCUCUGGGCUGGCGUUUUCGCCCAAAGCUACACAUGCGACACAGACUCUGAUCUGGAAGAAGAUGGGUCUUGCUUCGCCUGAGAUUGCAGAACAAUAG